AUGAGAACUUGCAUAAGAGGCGAAUCGUGUUCAAUACCAAACUGCUAUUCAUUCAAAAGUAUUAUCAAUCAUUGGAAGAUAUGUCCAAAUAAUAACUGUCUUAUUUGCUCAUCAUUAAGACAGAUAACAAGAAAUAACCGUAUUAAUUUUCUUGAGGAAUCACAAUCUGAAGUUCAAUCAAGAGUCCAUCAAUGGGUACAUAGUCAAGGACAGCAAAAUAUAUCCAAUGUAUCUCUUCCAGCCAGUUCUACUAUAACAAGUCAAGCUAUUGAUAUCAAUCAAUCAAGCUCAGUAAUUGGACCAUUAGCGACUACUAAUCUUCAGCAACAAUCUUUAAAUAUACUUGAGGAGAGACGUCAAAUAUGCGAUACCCAAACUCAAGACCAAUUGAUAGUUGAUGAUCCACAGCUAUCUAAUGCAACCAAUCCAUUUAUUUCAAAUCAGCCAACUGUAGCUGUAGGUAGCAAUCAAGCUACUUUAGUGGCAGGUUCAAACUAUACUGCAGCAGCAGCGAUAACUGCAAUUCCUCAACAACAACUGGACAUUAUGAAUCAAUUGCUUCGGAAUAAUGACUUCGACCAGUCUACUACAUCAAAUAGAAAUUCUUUGCAAGAGUCUAAACUGGCAGCUGCUAUAAAAAAAAUAUCAGCUGAAGCAGUACAAGGAACUAAAGAAUGGCACCGAUUUUUGCCGCCAGGUCUCAGAAAUCAUCUUGUUUGUAAAUUAUUUCUUGAAAUUUUUUCAAAUCGUCAUCCAGAACCAUUUUUAGAUAGAUUGAAUAACUUAAUUUCUUAUGCACAAAGACUUGAAGUUGAUGCAUACAAAAUGGCUAGUUCGAAAUCAGACUACUAUUAUUUGUUGGCAGAAAAAAUUUACAAAAUUCAAAGAGAAAUUCAUGAAAAACCUCAAAAUCGUACGGAAAUGCGAUUAGAUCAGCAGCGACAGUACUCCCAAUCACAGGUUGCGGCUAGUUCUGGAUUUCAAACUUUUCCGACUUUACAAAACUUUUCUCAAGCAGCAGGUCCAUCUAGUUCUGCUGUUUAUACACUGGGCAUUAACCAAUCACACUAUACUCAAGGAUCAAUGCCCCAAGCUUAUAGAUUUUGAGCUUUGCAUUUUCCUAGAGCUCAAUGACUGCUGUCUUUUUGAAGAGACGUAAACUUUUAUUUGUGACGAAAUUAUAUUAAGUUGUGACGAAAAAUAAUUAAAAUUUUUUUAAAAUUUAUAUUCAGCAGUAGUUUGAAUAGUUCGGAUAAAGGUAAAAAAAACGUUCAUAAUUAAUUUAAGUAUUUUCUUUGACGUUUUCUA